UCUUCCCCCCCUCCCCUUCCCCCCUUGGAGUUUCCCUCCCUCCCUCCCUCCCUCCUUCCCAGUCUGGGCACUGGGGCCUGUGACCGCUUCGUUAGCGGAGAGGAGGCUGCCAGUCCGCUUUGGCGGGCCUGUGCCCCGCGCGUUUCUCGGGGCCUCCGUGCUGAGCCUGAGGCUCAUGCUAGGAGGGACACGCAGUGAGAGCGGCCGAAGCAGCUUUGCGACUUCUCCACAGACCAGCAUUUGGCAAUCACUAGGUAGUCUAAUUACAUCCUUUUGCAAGUAAGGAAGCAGGACCAAAGUUAUACAGCUUCGAGUCAGAGUUUGGACUAGAAUCCAGGUCUUGACAGGUUUUGUAGUGCAUCCCUGAGCAUGAGUGCAGAAUGAAGCGACGUUUGGAUGACCAGGAGUCACCGGUGUAUGCGGCCCAGCAGCGUCGGAUCCCUGGUAGCACAGAGGCUUUUCCUCACCAGCACCGGGUGCUUGCCCCUGCCCCUCCUGUGUAUGAAGCGGUGUCUGAGACCAUGCAGUCAGCCACAGGAAUUCAGUACUCUGUGACACCCAGUUACCAGGUUUCAGCCGUUCCACAGAGCUCCGGCAGUCAUGGGCCCACCAUAGCAGCAGUUCAUAGCAGCCAUCAUCACCCAACAGCUGUGCAGCCCCAUGGAGGCCAGGUGGUCCAGAGUCAUGCUCAUCCAGCUCCACCAGUUGCACCAGUGCAGGGGCAGCAGCAGUUUCAGAGGCUCAAGGUGGAGGAUGCACUAUCCUAUCUUGACCAAGUGAAGCUGCAAUUUGGUAGUCAGCCUCAGGUCUACAAUGAUUUCCUUGACAUCAUGAAGGAAUUUAAAUCUCAGAGCAUCGACACUCCAGGAGUGAUUAGUCGUGUGUCCCAGCUGUUCAAAGGCCACCCUGACUUGAUCAUGGGCUUCAAUACCUUCUUGCCUCCUGGCUACAAGAUUGAGGUGCAAACCAAUGACAUGGUGAAUGUGACAACUCCUGGCCAGGUUCAUCAGAUUCCAACCCAUGGCAUCCAGCCCCAGCCUCAACCACCACCCCAACAUCCUUCCCAGCCUUCAGCCCAGUCAGCCCCAGCUCCUGCCCAGCCAGCUCCUCAGCCCCCACCUGCCAAAGUCAGCAAGCCUUCCCAACUACAAGCACAUACUCCAGCCAGUCAGCAGACUCCCCCACUCCCACCAUAUGCGUCCCCACGUUCUCCACCUGUCCAGCCUCAUACACCAGUGACAAUCUCGUUGGGAACAGCCCCGCCCUUGCAGAACAAUCAACCUGUGGAGUUUAACCAUGCCAUCAACUAUGUCAAUAAGAUCAAGAACAGGUUCCAGGGCCAACCAGACAUCUACAAAGCGUUCCUGGAGAUUUUGCACACAUACCAGAAAGAGCAGCGGAAUGCCAAGGAAGCUGGAGGAAACUACACUCCAGCGUUGACUGAGCAGGAGGUGUAUGCCCAGGUGGCUCGCCUUUUUAAAAAUCAGGAAGACCUGUUAUCAGAGUUUGGACAGUUCCUACCAGAUGCCAACAGCUCUGUGCUUUUAAGCAAAACAACUGCUGAGAAGGUCGAUUCUGUGAGAAAUGACCAUGGAGGCACUGUGAAGAAACCUCAACUGAACAACAAGCCGCAGAGGCCCAGCCAGAAUGGCUGCCAGAUCCGCAGGCACUCUGGAACGGGAGCCACCCCUCCAGUGAAGAAGAAACCCAAACUGCUCAGCCUCAAGGAUUCUUCUAUGGCAGAUGCCAGCAAACAUGGUGUAGGAACGGAAUCAUUAUUUUUUGAUAAGGUCCGAAAGGCUCUGCGGAGUGCAGAGGCCUAUGAAAAUUUCCUGCGCUGUCUUGUUAUCUUUAACCAGGAGGUGAUCUCUCGGGCGGAGCUUGUGCAGUUAGUCUCUCCGUUCCUGGGGAAAUUCCCAGAAUUGUUUAAUUGGUUUAAAAACUUUCUGGGCUAUAAGGAGUCUGUACAUCUGGAAACCUUUCCAAAGGAACGAGCCACAGAGGGCAUUGCCAUGGAGAUAGAUUAUGCCUCUUGUAAACGGUUGGGCUCCAGCUAUCGAGCCCUGCCAAAGAGUUACCAGCAGCCCAAGUGUACAGGACGGACUCCUCUCUGUAAAGAGGUUUUAAAUGAUACCUGGGUUUCCUUCCCCUCCUGGUCUGAGGACUCCACCUUUGUUAGUUCCAAGAAAACUCAGUAUGAAGAACAUAUCUAUCGUUGUGAAGAUGAACGUUUUGAGCUUGAUGUAGUUUUAGAGACUAAUCUGGCAACGAUCCGGGUUCUGGAAGCAAUACAGAAGAAGCUUUCCCGCUUGUCUGCUGAGGAACAAGCCAAAUUUCGCUUGGACAACACCCUCGGGGGCACAUCAGAAGUCAUCCAUCGAAAAGCCCUCCAAAGGAUAUAUGCUGAUAAAGCAGCUGACAUCAUUGAUGGUCUGAGGAAGAACCCCUCCAUUGCCGUCCCAAUUGUCCUUAAAAGGUUGAAAAUGAAAGAGGAAGAAUGGCGAGAAGCUCAGAGAGGCUUUAACAAGGUGUGGAGAGAGCAAAAUGAGAAAUACUACUUGAAAUCUCUGGACCACCAAGGCAUCAACUUUAAACAAAAUGACACCAAGGUCCUGAGGUCUAAGAGCUUACUCAACGAGAUUGAGAGUAUCUAUGAUGAGAGGCAAGAGCAGGCUACGGAAGAAAAUGCUGGUGUACCUGUUGGCCCACACCUCUCACUUGCCUACGAAGACAAACAGAUUCUGGAAGAUGCUGCUGCUCUGAUUAUCCACCAUGUGAAGAGGCAGACAGGCAUUCAGAAGGAGGACAAAUAUAAAAUCAAGCAAAUCAUGCAUCAUUUUAUUCCAGAUCUGCUCUUUGCUCAGAGAGGUGAUCUCUCGGAUGUAGAGGAAGAGGAAGAAGAAGAGAUGGAUGUAGAUGAAGCCACAGGGGCGGCUAAGAAGCACAAUGGUGUUGGGGGCAGUCCCCCUAAGUCCAAGCUACUGUUCAGUAACACAGCAGCUCAGAAGUUAAGAGGGAUGGAUGAAGUAUACAACCUCUUCUAUGUUAAUAAUAACUGGUAUAUCUUUAUGCGACUGCACCAGAUACUCUGCUUGAGGCUGCUGCGGAUUUGCUCCCAGGCUGAACGGCAAAUUGAAGAAGAAAACCGAGAGAGAGAGUGGGAACGGGAAGUGUUGGGCAUAAAGCGAGACAAGAGUGACAGCCCCGCCAUCCAGCUACGUCUCAAAGAACCCAUGGACGUUGAUGUAGAAGAUUAUUACCCAGCUUUCCUGGAUAUGGUGCGGAGCCUGCUGGAUGGCAACAUAGACUCUUCACAGUAUGAAGAUUCGCUAAGAGAGAUGUUUACCAUUCAUGCCUACAUUGCCUUUACCAUGGACAAACUCAUCCAGAGCAUUGUCAGACAGCUGCAGCACAUCGUGAGUGAUGAGAUCUGUGUACAAGUGACUGACCUGUACCUGGCGGAAAACAAUAAUGGGGCCACUGGAGGCCAGCUGAAUACACAGACCUCAAGGAGCCUCCUGGAGUCAACAUAUCAGCGGAAGGCUGAGCAGCUCAUGUCAGAUGAGAAUUGCUUUAAGCUUAUGUUCAUUCAGAGCCAAGGCCAGGUUCAGCUGACCAUCGAGCUUUUGGACACGGAAGAGGAGAACUCGGAUGACCCUGUAGAAGCAGAGCGCUGGUCAGACUAUGUGGAGCGAUACAUGAAUUCUGAUACUACCUCUCCUGAGCUUCGUGAGCACCUGGCACGGAAACCAGUGUUUCUCCCACGGAAUCUGCGGCGGAUCCGGAAGUGUCAGCGUGGUCGAGAACAGCAGGAAAAGGAAGGGAAGGAAGGGAACAGCAAGAAGACCAUGGAGAAUGCGGAUAGCCUGGAUAAGCUGGAGUGUAGAUUCAAGCUGAAUUCCUAUAAGAUGGUAUAUGUGAUCAAGUCAGAGGACUACAUGUAUCGGAGGACCGCCUUGCUCCGGGCUCAUCAGUCCCAUGAGCGGGUAAGCAAGCGGCUACAUCAGAGGUUCCAGGCCUGGGUAGAUAAAUGGACCAAGGAGCAUGUGCCCCGUGAAAUGGCAGCGGAGACCAGCAAGUGGCUCAUGGGUGAGGGGCUGGAGGGCCUGGUGCCCUGCACCACCACCUGUGACACAGAGACCCUGCACUUUGUGAGCAUUAACAAGUACCGUGUCAAAUAUGGCACAGUGUUCAAAGCCCCAUAACUGCAGAGCCAGAGCAGAUAACUUGAGGGGUGUGUGUGUGUUGGGGGGGGCACGUGUACUCGCACACACUGAAGAAACAAGGAAGAUGCCUUUCAAGCCUCACUGGGCCUCUCUGGGACAUGGCCACCUGAUCUGUGUGUGGCUGGUGCAACCUGGCACCAAGUGGGCUACAUAUAAGGAACGUGGAUACCUUACAAAGCUGGAGCUGGAACUUUUCCCAGGGGUUUUGGGCAUUACCCUGCCCUGGAGGGGAAGAAAUCCAUGCAAGCACAGGGAUAUGCAGCUUGCUUGCACACACCAGCAGAGCUAAGACUGCAGCCUCCUGGGGCCUGACCUUCAGUGAGGGAACCGGAUGCUGUUCACACCUUGAUUGGAUGGGCGAGCAUUGACUGACAGACUGGGGAAGGACUCAAUGCUUAGAUGGAUUGUAACUCUGAUGGUCACUGCUCCUUUCCUCUUCCCCCCCAAAAGGAAAAAAAACUGUAUUGGAUUUUUUUUUCCUGGUCACUUGAGCACAUCUAGAUCACCCAUUAAGAUUUUCUCUGGGACCUGCAGUUUGGCUUUGGGAUUGAUCAUCUUGUGGAUUUGAUUCCUGACGAAUCCCUUGCUGCCCACCCGUUAUUCUCUCCUCUGGUUCUCAACCUCAACAAGUUCAAAUCAGUCGUCCUUUUUAGCUCCCGUGGAACUGUUUUGUACCUGCUUCUUUACUAGUCUACCCUAGUGCCAUCCACCAGCUUUACUCACUCACACACACACACACACACACACAAACACACACACAGUUUUAACUUGGUUUUUCUUUUUUUUUUGUAAAUAAUGUACAUACUGUCAAUUUUUUAUUAAAAGAAAUAUGCUUUGAUGUGCUAGCAUAACUGCUCUAGCUUCUUGUGUACCAUAGUUCUAUGUGGCUUCAGAUUUAGUACCUAUGAACAGAUGUACAAGACAUUUAUUACACUUUUUACCAAAGGGAGUUACCGUUGUAGUACUUUUGUGUAAAACUUGUCUUCCCCUUGCCCCAACUUUUUUUUUUUUUUUUUUUUUUGUAAAUAAAUAAAGCUUGGUUCUUACUUAAGGAAUAAACUCUCAACCCAAGUCCCUUGUCCUCACCAGAGAACUACUGUGAAGCAGGGAUUUUGGCUUCAGUUCCUUAUCUACGGUACAAACAGGAUUUUGCUUUAAAUAGUUGGCAGUCAGUUGUAUGUGUUCCAAAUCAAAAUAUCUUAAAUUUUUUAAAUAGAAUUAUUCAUUCUUUUAGUACGUGUUUUCCCCCCUUAUUUCAGCUGUUUGGAAAUAUUUUAUAUUUGGGUAAGUUGUGCAGCUAUGUAGUUUGUACUUUUCUGUAUUUUUUCUUAUCCUUAUUGGAAAUGGGAGUGAACAGCUUAAAUACCAAACCAGUGUUUGAAAGAAGUGUGUACAGAGUGUGUGGUAUAAAUGGGGCUGGGAGGGAGAUUCAAUACAUUUCGUUAGCAACUGCAAAUGGAAUAUAUACAUAUAUAUUUUUUUAAAUUACAUAAAUUUAAACUGGCAGAUAUUUAAACUUGACUGAUUAGGAUUUUUAUAUGUGGUCAGCCUGGACUUUCUGAACAAAGACCAACUGAGCCCCUCCCAGUACUCUGGUGAAUUUUUCUCCAGCAACCAUUACCCUAGUCAUAGCUGUAAAGUAACCAGCAGUGAUUUGUGUGGUUUUGUUUGCUUUCUAAUUAAAAAUUCCCAACAUCACCACCACAAAACCACAAAUUUUUUGGCUCUGGACUUUCAUAACACAUGGUAGACUUUUCCGAUUUUAGAGUUUUUUGUUGGGUGUGGUGGGGAGCAGUGGAGGGAUGGGACAACUACAGGAGACUCAGAGCCCAAAAGUGUAGGGUGGCAAAAGAGCCUUGUGGGAGGAGAUUCUCUGGUGAAGCUGGGGCCAAUGCCUGACUUGGGAGAUGGAGUGAUACUGACUGGGGGGGAAGAUCUUCAGGUUUUCCCAGCAAUAACUCACCUCUGCUUGCUUAAGACCAUGUUGAAUUGGAAUUACGGCCGGGGUGGGUUGGGGGGGGAACUGAUGGGACCUGACCAGGGGCAGCCCCAGCUGUUGCUGUCUCUGCAUAGGGUUACGCCCAGAGCAGCUGCUUGCAGGUCAGGAUAGGGUUUCAGGGCCAAUAGAGGAGAAAACCCCAUCCUACCAGUGCAACCAAAAGAAGGGGGAGCUUCACUGACAGCCAGGGUUUCACAAACAGCAUUUAUAUCCCUCCUGCCAUCUGAGCUCCAAGCUCAACUCAGCCUGUCUUAUAGCAGGAAGUUAUAUUUUAAAUCUCGUUCGGUAUUCUGUACUUAAUCACCUUUCCCUAUGAUUUGCAUUUGAAAUGUUGUAAACUUGGUCAGUAUUUCUAUUAAAAUAUCAGGGCUCA